ACAUAGUCCUUUUAUCUGCAAGGUAUUGAAGUGCAGAAGUUGAGGAAGUUUCAGCGCGGAGUUCUGCCCAGAAUGGCCGAUAUUUGGCCUCGCCUAGCGUACGCCUUGGCAUUGUGCCUGAUAAUAAACAAUGUAGCUGCCUACGAUGAUGAGCCUUACAAUGCACUACCACCUUACUAUCAUGAGAAGCCACAAACACCUUUCAGAGUACCACCACAUCGGUACCCUUCACCUUUACCUCCAUACUUCUACAAGUCACCUCCCCCACCAUCUUCGUCACCACCACCUCCUUACAUUUACAAGUCACCCCCUCCACCAUCUCCCUCACCACCACCUCCCUAUGUAUACAAGUCCCCACCUCCACCUCCAUAUGUUUAUAAGUCCCCACCACCGCCAUCCCCAUCACCUCCACCACCAUAUGUCUACAAGUCUCCACCUCCACCAUCUCCAUCACCACUACCUCCUUAUGUCUAUAAAGCCCCACCUCCACCAUCUCCCUCACCUCCUUCUCCUUAUAUCUAUAAAUCACCACCACCUCCACCACCAUAUAUCUACAAGUCUCCCCCUCCACCAUCCCCAUCACCAUCCGCUCCCUAUGUGUACAAGUCCCCACCUCCACUUCCAUAUGUCUAUAAGUCCCCACCACCACCACCAUCCCCAUCACCUCCACCACCUUAUGUUUACAAGUCUCCACCUCCACCAUCUCCAUCACCACCUCCCCCUUAUGUUUACAAGUCCCCACCUCCACCAUCUCCCUCAACCCCUCAACCUUAUGUCUACAAGUCCCCACCUCCACCUUAUGCCUACAAAUCUCCACCUCCCCCAUCUCCUUCACCGCCUCCUCCUUAUAUCUACAAGUCUCCACCCCCACCAUCUCCAUCACCACCUCCUCCCUAUGUCUACAAAUCCCCACCUCCGCCAUCUCCCUCACCACCUCCUCCUUAUGUCUAUAAAUCGCCACCGCCUCCAUCUCCAUCACCUCCACCACCAUAUGUCUACAAGUCUCCUGCUCCACUAUCUUCAUCACCACCUCCUCCUCCUUAUCACUACACAUGACCACCACCACCCUACUAAGCCAAUCACUAAUUUUUCUAGGUUUAAAGAAGUCUAAGUCUAGUAUUUGGAAACAUUUUCUCUCCUUGAUUUGAUGUUUCUCACUCCUUUCCUUUAUUUGAUAUUAAUGUGGAUGCGUUGCAUGUCACAUUGUUGAAAGAAUAAACAAAAAACGAUUAUUGUUGUGGGAAGUCAUUGGAUGGUUUCUAGGGUGUUUUUGAAUAAUGGAUCCAACUCUUAAGAAGAAUUCCUCUUCGA